AUGGACCGCUAUGAGGUCAUUGAUAAGAUCGGAGAAGGAACGUACGGAGUUGUAUUAAAGUGCAGGGAUAGAGAGAGCGGAGAACAUGUUGCCAUCAAACAAUUCAAAGAGAAUGAUCAAAAAGAUGAGAUUGUUCGGAAAACAACAAUGCGAGAGGUUAAAUUAUUGAAAUCUCUCAAACAUGAAAAUAUAAUAACGCUUAAAGAUGUUUUCAGGAAACGUGGGCGACUUCAUCUGGUAUUUGAGUUUUAUGAAAUGAACAUGUUGGAGCAUUUAUCGCAACAACCAGAGGGGUUUCCUGAAGAUAUCGUCAAACUGUAUAUGUUUCAAUUGGUCAAAGCAAUAGCGUACUGUCACGAAAACCAAGUUAUUCAUAGAGACAUCAAACUGGAAAAUAUAAUGAUUAAUAGCAACAAACAGCUCAAACUAAUUGAUUUUGGUUUUGCUCGAACGAUACCCAAGAAAGAAACUGAAUUUACUGAUUACAUUGCGACUAGGUGGUACAGGUGUCCGUCUCUUUUGCUUGGGUGUAAACACUAUGGGCCUGAGGUGGAUAUUUGGGCAAUUGGAUGCAUUAUGGCUGAACUGCUGACUGGCAAACCACUAUUCCCAGGUCAUUCUGAAAUAGAUCAACUCUACCUUAUUCAAAAAUUACUUGGACCGCUUACUAAAGAGCAAACAAAAAUGUUCUUCAAAAACCCAAUGUUCAACGGUUAUAAAUUCCCUGACAUGACAGCCUGUGAAGGUUUGGAACGACGAUUUCUGGGAAAAGUUUCAAAAAGUGGUUUAUUAUUCCUGAAAGGGUGUUUAAAAAUUGACCCCAAAGAAAGAUUUACUUCGACAGAUUGUUUAAAUCACAAGUUUUUUGAAAGUAUUGACAUUGGAAGAUAUCAAGUUGAGCCUACUGUUGAAACAAUACAGAAGCCGAUACUCGGCUCAUCAACAAGCAAAGGAAAUGUACUUCAAACUGUAAAUUAUUUGGAACACCGUGAGGAAAAUGUAAAUACAGCAAGAAAGAAAAAGGUGAUAACAAAACCUUCUGAAAUGAUGACAGGAUGUUUGGAAUCAGUGGAUGACUACCAACAACCAGAAUUUGAUAUGUCAAUAUUACAACCCAACAAGAGAGUACGGUCAAGACAAGGAGGGAGAGAUUACGAAGAGGAUACAUCUCGUUCGCAGUCAAGGACUGAGAAGCGAAAACCGAAAUUAAGUGAAGUGCACCUUCAAAAAUUGCCACUUCCAAAACCAGUUCCUACUAAAACUAACUUUAACAAACUACCAUAUUCCAACACGUAUGAAAAGAAAAAGCCAGUCUCUAGCCAAAAACUGAGACAUCUACAACCAACAGAUAACUAUCACGCGAAAUCUCAAUAUGAGGUUAUAGAGGAAAACAUCGACCAAGAAAACGAGCCUGUGGGAAAGCAAUUUUUAUCUCAGAAAAAGGAGCUCAAUAGAGCCCCUUCUUCAUUUUCAGACAAUCUAAUACAUGAUGACUCCACAUCAUCGCCACGACUUUUAGGAGAAAAAGGUGUAAAGACAAGGAAAAGCAAGUCCAAUUUAACUCUUCGAAGUUCUGUUAAGAACGGCUUUAGUGCGUUAGAUCAGCCAAAAACAACGAACGUUGGCUGUCUGUCUCCAAUCAAAGCUCUUCCUAAACUCCAUCAUAUCAGCCCCCAGUCCCACCCUAUACUAGGUGCUCAACAAGGGAGAAAGUCGGCCUCAACCAAGAAGAUCCCUCUUGGCAAUGCUUUAGAGUUGGGAAAUAUCGAUGACCUAGAGAAGGACCUGUUUGAUCACUUUUGUGGCGACAACAACCCAAUUUCAAUUACUAACGACCCAGUGUUAACCCAUUCUAGAACCAAAACGCCGCCAGCAUCAUUGAGGAACGACCCUCAUUCGCAGCACAGCCGAGUACAUUUAAAGCCAAUUCAAAUAAACAACUAG